AUGUUAGCUUUAUUUAAAUGUGCUUCAGGUGAUGAUUGGAGAACAAUAAUGACUGAUACUAUGUAACAUAAUCCAUUAUGUCAAGAAGAUGAUAAAUAUUGUGGAUCUGCUGCUAAUUAAUUAUUUUUUAUUCUUUUUAUGUUAUUGUCUAAUUAUGUUCUAUUGAAUUUAUUUGUCUUAGGAUUAAUAGAAUAAUUUGAAUAGUUUUUUCAAAUGUAAAACUCAUAAAUUCAAACUUAUGUUGAGAACAUUGAUAAAAUUAAGAAUACAUGGUGUAAGUAUUCAUAAGAAACUUAAGGUAUGUCUAUGCAUUUUAAAUUUCUUUGUAAAUUUUUAAUUGAUAUUGGAUAACCUUUAGGAGUAGAUAAAGAUUCUAAUUUAUGGGAUGCUUGUAAAUUAUCAUCUUAACUGAAAUUAUAAAGGUAUUAAAUAACAUUAAACUUAGUGACAUCCAUGGAUACAUUUAAUAUAAUUUCCUCAUGUAUGAAUUGUUUAGGAGAUGCUUUUAUAAUGAAGUUUUUAAAUCUGGAAGCUAAGACUCUAUUACACAAAUAAAGAAAUUUAAUAAAGAAUCAUAAUUUAGAUUAAUGUAUUAUAGAAAAAAUAAAAAUCUACCUCGUUCCAAUAUUAGUCCUUCAGCUACAAUUCAGCCUAAUAUCAAUCUUCUUCAUGAUUAUUUAAAUGUUUUAAUCUUAUUUAAAACAUGGGAAUAAUUCAGCAAAUAAUUAAUUGAAAAAGUGAAUUAAGACCAAGAUUAUUUUACUGAUUAAAGUGUAUCAAUCCCAGGCAUAAUAUAAAAUGAGUAUCAAAUAUCUCCACUAUUUUAAGUUAUCAACAAAGCUAGAAUCACAUAUUAUAAAAUAAUUGUGAAAGUGAGAUAGAAAAUGAAAUUAUCAGUAAUGCAUCUGUAAGUAGACAUAGUGUGUCGAUUAACAGUUAGAUUAAUAGAUAUAAUGAUUUACCCAUAUAUAAGGGUAGUUAUGACACAUCAUUGUAGAGUGAAAAUAGAGAUUUCCCCUAUUUCAUCAAAGUCAAUAAAUAAAUUGAGUUGGAUGAAUGA